AUGGAUGGGCUCCGAGUCCCCGUAGCAGCAGCCCCAGCUGACAAUGGCAUGUAUGCUUCUCUCAUCAACGAUUGCUCGGACUCCGGCGCAGCUCUCGACUUACAGUCCCACCUUACUAGGAAAAGGAAGGGCCGCCGUAACCCACCACCGCCUCUACACUUGCUCAACCGCCUGCUUCUCCGCCACGUCACUAACGGUGGUUUAGACAAUGCUCACCACCUGUUCGAUGAAAUGCCGCUCAAGGACUUCAACUCCUGGGCCACCUUGAUAGUUGCUUAUGCUCACAAUGCCGACUACCCGGAGGCCUUGAGAUUGUUUCUGACCAUGCUGCACCAGCAGGAAUAUCAUGUCGAUAUGUUUGAGUUUCCUCCAUGGAUCAUGGCUUGCGUUGUCGACGCUUGUGCCUGCACGAUGGAUAUGAGAUUAGGGGAGCAACUCCACGGCUGCUGCCUAAAGUUGGGUCAUGGUAAUCAUGAUAUGUUUGUUGCCACCUCCUUGAUCAACUUUUACGGCAGAUUGAGGUGCCACGAAGCUGCACACCGCGCUUCUAUUGGACUCUCGCAGCCUAAUGCCCUCACAUGGACGGCCUUAAUGGUCAAUAACUCUAGAGGAGAGAGGUUUUUCGACGUGAUCAGUGACUUUAAGGAAAUAGGGAGGGCUGGGAUAAAGAAGAACACUUGCAUCAUCUCUUGUGUCCUCAGGGCGUGUGCUAGGAUGCAUGAUGAUGGCUUCAGCGGCAGACAAGUUCAUGCCAAUGCCAUCAAACUUGGAGUGGAAUCCCAUUCUUUCGUGCACUGUGGGUUGGUGGAUAUGUAUGGAAGAAACGGGCUACUUAGAGAUGCGAAACUGGUGUUUCAGACGGUCAACGAUACAACAUCUACUGCGUGUUGGAAUGCCAUGCUUACAAGUUACUUGCGGAAUGGGUUACACAUCGAAGCCCUUAAGUUUCUCUAUCAGAUGAAGGCAGAUGGGUUGCAGCCUCAAGAAUAUCUGCUGGAUCAAGUGAGGGUUGCUUGCGCUAGUAAUGGUCCAUAA